GGUACCUUGGCGACGUUCAGUAGAGUUGUCGCUUUAGAAGUAAAGAGAACGCUUAUAGUGGAACUUAAAAAAAAGUUUGAAAAAAACAACUAUUCUAAAAGAUGGAGAGUAUUUCAAUUUCAAGACUUGACUUAAUCUUGAAGCAGUUUAUUAGAAUUGACCAGUAUAAAGGAUACUGUAGGCUUUUGAAGGAAUAUGCAAUGGAAGCAUUUACAGUAAAUGGAAUGCCAGCACCAAUAUAUGUAGCGAAGAAAAUGGCAUAUUCCCAGGAAAAUGACUAUUUCGGUAUGGUUGAAAUGAAGGACUUGUUGGUGCCACUUUGUAACACCGCCUAUCUUCUAAACUGUCAGACACCAGACAAUGCUGUCAUGAAAGAAAAGAAACCAAACUUUGACGUGACAUUUGAUUCUAGUAUUUUUCAAGAUAUUAUAAUAAUGGAGAAGGAAGUGAGUCGUAAAAUAAGGAGUCAUAUCAUAUGUCUGGAGGGACUCAGGGAUUUACAGAAAGAUUGUUGGUUCUGGGAAAAACGCCUGAAACACAGGAUCAAUAGAUUGGACACUUUCUUGGAGAAAAACACAGAUGACGGACAAUAUGUUACUAGUAAGCUUAAAAACAAAUAUGACAAGCUAGUAUUAAAGCAGAGUGAGGCAGCAAAACGUUACAGAGCUAUCCUGGUUUGCUUCCAAGAAAAAAUGGAAGAUGAGAAGAAAUUGAGAACAGCUGUUUUGCAGAAAGUGGCUGCCAUCCGAGAAAAAUUGUCAUCUGUCAUGAAAGAAAGCUUAACCCAUGCCUACAGUGACAUGAUACAGGCUGCAUACAUGGCAACGGAACAAGACGGAUUUAACUUGGUUGAUCAACAACUAAUAGCAGUUAAUAUUGAUGGCAUCGUUGAUAAGUUAUAUGAGAUAACAUCAGCCACCUACAACACACCAGUACCUGAGGAUUUUAUCCAAGCCACUGGAUCCGACGAAAAGUUGGCCGAUAUAUAUUACAAGAAGUGUGAUUUUGAAGUACUGGGAAAAUCACAGACUGAGAAAAAAAUCUUUGUUUGAAAAAAAGGAGAGUGGUGAAGAAGGCUGUUUCUUCCCCAUAAAUGGCGGAAUUCGAAUAAAUCCAGUUACUCGUGAUGAAAAAUGCAGAGGAAUAACCAACAUCAAAGCAGGUUAUCAAGUUAAAUUAAAGUUGUCUUUAAUGGAAGGACAUAUUGGUUUUGGGUGGGUCAGACAAAAUGCAUUCUUUAGAAGAAAGACAUGGGGAUUUUAUUUCCUGACAUCAGAAGAUGUAACAACAACAUCAACAAAAGGUGUGACAUCAGUAGCAUCACUCAAAGCUGUUCCAACAAUUGACGUAACCGAUUGUUCGAACGAUUAUAGAGAACAGGGGGAUAGUCCAUGUGUUAUUGCCAAGGAAAACGACAAGAACGAAAACACAGAAAAGAAAGAACAAGAAGAUGCAGUUAUCGUGCCUAUGAUCGAGAAAAUUAUUGCUGAAUGUAUUGACGAGAUAAAACUUGAAGAAAAACUAUUGGUAGUUUGAAUUGGAAAAAACAAUUAUAAGCCAAAUGAAUGUUUGAA